CUUGGCAUUUGAUAGCAAUGUCGGCAAGUGGCACUGGAAGCUCAAGCGCUGCCUCUGGCAGUAAUCGUCGUCUUCAGCAAACACAGCACCAAGUAGAUGAGGUGGUGGACAUCAUGAGGGUGAAUGUAGACAAGGUGUUGGAGCGAGAUCAGAAGCUGUCCGAGUUGGAUGACCGUGCCGAUGCCCUGCAAGCAGGAGCUUCCCAGUUUGAAACAAGUGCUGCCAAGCUGAAAAGAAAGUAUUGGUGGAAGAACUGCAAGAUGUGGGCAAUACUGAUUGCUACUGUUCUCAUCAUCAUUAUAAUCAUCAUUGUCUGGAAUGUGUCCUCAUGAGUUCUAAGAAGAAACUCACAACAGUUGAAGAUCUUACUUCAGUCUCUACUGCAAACCUGCUGUGUUCUCAAGCUCACCUACUGAUGUAUGAAGCAGAACUAUUCUGAUUAGUGAAACAUUAGCUUUUCUCUGACUUAUAGAAAGUGUGCCUUAAGAGGCACUCCUACUUGUUAAAUACUAAUAAGCACAGCCCACAACUUGUACAGUGCCUUAUAAACUUGAGUAUGAGCUGGUGAAGAGGAUUUAGUACGGUUUUAGGUUUUGCAACUCUGGAGCCAAUAUAAUGCUGUCGGUAGUUGCUUUCUAAAUGCAUUUGAAGAAAGACCUAGGUAUCUAUCCUCUUCUCUGUCUCACUCCAUUUAAAGAGGUCUCUUUUGACCCCAUGUUGCUGAAGAAGUGGGAGCCAAAUAUCCAAGUUGUGCCUUUCUGGACUAAACUCUAGACUCUGCCACUUGAACAGACUUUGCCUUAAUUUAAUAAUGCUUUGUAAUCACUACUGUGUUGCACACAACUCCAUAUUUGUAACACUUGUGUAUUCCAGUAUUUAAACUGCAGAGACUGCGCAUGUAACAGUCAGUACUGCUUCGAGAUAUUUAGAAUUGCCUUUAACAGGGUGGGAUGUUUACAAUCUCUUCCAAGUAAAGUAUGUCACUUGGUGACCUGUGUGACCAGGAAAGGCUCCUUUUUUGAAGCAUUUGGUUUUUGUAAUGGUACAGAUUACUUACCAAAGUUUCUAUUUGCCAAAAAGUGAAAAUGCUUCAAGCCAGUAAGAUGUUUCCAUUAUAGAUUUGGUGACAAAUGUAGUUGCAGAGCAAUCUGUAUACUCAAUUGUUACAAGUAACAUGUUUGCAUGACUGUAUCCAGGUGCUCUUGUAAAAUAUUUUGCCCCUGUUUUGGA